CUGUGUCUUUUCAAAUGUGCAAUUUCAUUUCAGAAAUUGAGAAACAAAGGCCAUAAUGACUGUGCUAGUCCUGAUCCUGAUGACUGUUUUGGGCACAGCCCCCUCAUGGACGACCAUUUCAGCAAACUAAGCGAAGACAGUGAUUUAAUGUACAAGCGCUGUGGUGCGCUAAACAAGAAAGAACACAGAGGUUGUGAUAGCCCGGACCCCGAUGCCUCAUAUGUCCUCACUCCUCACACUGAAGAAAAGUAUAAAAAAAUUAAUGAGGAGUUUGAUAAUAUGAUGAGAAAUCAUAAAAUCCCCUCAGCAUUGCCGCAGCAGAACUUCUCCAUGCAUGUGGCAGUUCCUGUGUCCAAUCCCAAUGCCAUGUACCAGGCAGGAGGGAGUCUCAGCAGCCAGGCCCUGGCAGCGGCCACAGCCUCUCUGAGUGAGAGCGGGAUGCUGUCCCCUCCGCAGGCCUCUCUGCACAGGAAUGUUGGCUCCGGUGGAGGCUCCCAGAGGCCCACCAGUGCAGGCAGUGCAGGUGGCAUGCUGGAUACCACAGACCUUUCAGUGCCAAGUGGUGCAGGCCCCAGCCCAGCGGGGAACGGCUUCGUAAACCCCAGAGGCUCACCAGGUCUCCUCAGCACGACCAGCGGCAAUGGCCUGGGUAAAGUCAUGCCCACCAAGUCCCCACCACCUCCUGGAGGGAACAUGGGAAUGGGAAGCCGCAAGCCAGACCUUAGGGUUGUUAUCCCUCCAUCAAGCAAAGGGAUGAUGCCCCCACUGUCGGAGGAGGAGGAAAUGGAUUUGAACACCCAUAGGAUAAGCAGUUCCCAGUCCACUCAGCCACUUGCCACUCCUGUAGUGUCUGUUACCACCCCCAGCUUACCCCCACAGGGCCUGGUCUACUCAGGCAUGCCCACCUCCUACAAUCCUGCUGAGUACUCCCUGAGCAGUGCAGAGAUCUCUUCCCUACAGGGCUUCAGCUCUCCCGGGCUCUCACUGGGCUCCAUGUCGGCAUGGCAACAGCAUCAAUUGGGCCAGGCAGCUCUUAAUUCUUUGGUUGGUGGAGGUCACCUACCUCAGGGCUCCAACCUAUCCAUCAGCACCAGCCAGAGCAUAAACAUCAAGUCCGAGCCCAUUUCACCACCGCGGGAGCGAGUCACCUCAUCAGGCUUCCCCCCACAACAGCCCCAGCAAGGGUCCAGCCGACAGGAAGUCCUGGGACGUUCACCUGCCGACAGCCUCAGUUCAUCUUGUAGCUCAUACGAUGGGAGUGACCGCGAGGACCACCGGCCAGACUUCCACUCUCCGCUCGGGCUCGGAAGACCCCCUUCUGGCUCUGAAGACAGGGAGAGUUCAUCGGUCAAGCGCUUGCGCAUGGACACUUGGGUAACAUAAAGAGUCCUGAUCAGAUCUGCAGGCACCAGCCAGUCAGAGAGAGGGAGGGUUUAGAUGUGGGGAUAAAAGGAGGAGCAAGGGUCCUUAGAGCUAUCAUUAAAAGGUCAUCAUUCAACUCCAAUUCAAUUUGUAAGACUAAGAUAUAAUCAGGACAUAUCUCGGGUAAAUUCUCAAACCUAUAAAGGAAACUGAGCGGAGAAUCCAGUUGGCUGGACUGAUUUAUGUACACAAGCAGGUGGUAUCAGGUACUUGGUGCAACUCAGAUGGCAUCUGCAGAAGAAAGAUGUUCGCAGGAAAAAUGUUAAGCUGUAGGUGGUAGAUUAUUGUAGUCACUGGUCUUGUCAGACACUUACAUGUAGUUGCUGUAUUGCUGUUGUGCUUGCAAUGUUGCAACAGUCAGAGAAAGUUGAGUUGCUUUCAGACUGAGAAAACUCUUGAUACAUAACUAUCUUUAAAGCAGUGAUAUUACCACACAAGACCUUUAUAACAUGUGACUUCUUCUAAUUUGACCAGGAGACAUAGAACACAUGGAGGUAUUGCUAUCCAGGAAGUAUGAUAACACAGCAAAAUAAUCUCAGCAGUUAGGACUACUGUUGUGAACAGUAAUGUGCGAGGUAAAAAGAAAAGAGCAUCAAAUUUAUUGCAAUAAUGACAGACUAUUCAUUUCAUAUUUAAAAGGCUAGGUUAUAUAAAUACACCAAGUUAUUUAGCGCGAUCCUGUCCAGUUGAGCUGGUGAGAAAGUCAACACGGUCUCAUUUGUUAAACAGUUCAUCAGUAAUAUAAGCCAAAGCUGUUCUUUUGUCUGUGUUUUGUACAGUUGCUAUAAUUUCCUAACAGUUCACUCAGACACACCCUCUCAUUCGUCACAGUUUUAUUUUUUAUUGUGCUUUAUUGAAGUGUAAAACCAUGUAUUCUAGAUCUUGAAUCGAUAUCUAAAGCCAUGAACAUUUGCUGUUCCGUUUGUACAAUUGAAGGUUUGAGCCAAACAUUGUCUUUUGUUGUGUAAAUAGCAACUUUAAUAUAUAUUACCAGGGUGAGAGUAUGUGGUCAAUGCACAGCAUCUCCCGUCUCAAGAAAAGUAUAUUUUUGUGGUUUACAGCCAAGUUUACAAGACUGGACCCUUAAAAAGCAGAUAAUUCACUGGUCAACAUUUAAAUUUUAUUUAGUUAAAACUGAGUCAUCACGUAACCUCCCCUGUGUUUUUAUUGCAAAUGAUCAUCUUAUUUUCUCAUCAUGAGUGGUCCUUGUUUUUCCCGAGGACACUGUAGCAACAGUGCCCUGAGGUUGAAGUUCCACUGUUUUUUCUGAAGGAUGAUCACAAGGCUAGAGGAAAUAGGGCUUCCUCUCGCCAAUUGUGUUUGUAAACCAGCAGGUGCUGAAUACACUGCCACUAUUCAUAUCCUAGUCCCACGUUACAGAGUAAUCUAUUGUUAUUGCAUGUAGCUCGACUGAAAGACAUGCCAUCUCUAAAAACCACCUCCACAAUCCUGGUAACGACUCGUGGAAACUUGGCGGAAAUUAGACACAAACAUGGUGAAGUCUCUGCUGACUUUAAUACAAAAACUGGUCAUUCAUUUCCCCUUGUGUGGUUGUAAAUAUCACCGUCUAAACAUAAUCAUGUUUCCUUCAUUGGCUCCAGAAAUUGUAUUGCAUAUCUAUGCCCUUUUAGUGAGAGUGCUGUAGCCCUGCUGUAGAAACCAUAGGAGCCAGAAAAAGUGAAAAUCAUCUGAAGACGCUGAAGUCAAGCACACCCGAGAUGUGGUGGCAUCAGGCUGAUGCAUGUGUCGUUGCACUGUAAAGGACAGAAAAAGAGGCUGUGACUUCUGUAAUUCUCCAUCACGACAGACACAAAUCAUUUAAAAGGUAAAUCAUAACCCAACACACUGACUGACUUAAAUCUUUUUUCUGAAAGGCACACAUUUGUAUGAGAAAUUUGCUGUAAAAGCGAGAUAUUGCUCUGCAUUCGCCAUGGCUUAUCUUGUGUGUGUUUCUGACCCACGCUGCCCCCAUCAUAAGCUUCAUGGGAGUUCUCACUUUAUGCCUGUAUGGAUCUAUGCAGUUUUAACCCCAAUUUAUAUGGAAUAUAUAAAGAAUAUGAUGUCAUCGCAAGUCAUAUUCAGUCUGCAAUCCGUCAGGAAGAAAAACGUCGGACUGUUAACCUCUUAUUCUGAAGUGCCAGAUGUGGAAAUAACUGGACUACAAGUUUUAUAGAAAAAAGAAAUAGAAAUAGAAAAAGACUUUAUUCAAAGCACGUUGAGUAAUUCGUUUAGGCCAUGUUGUCAUAAUCACACACACGAGACACACACACACACAUAUAUAUAUAUGUAUAUAUAUAUAUAUUAGUAGGCAUACUUAACACACUGUAUAUUCAUCCAUAUUGUAAUCCAGUUUCACACAGCAGGGGAAAAUAGCAAUAAUAAAUGACUACAACAAAAAUUGUCAGCCUGUCUUGGCAGCAUCACCUCAAAGUUGAGCACAUAUUUUAGCACUUGGUAACAUAUCAGGGAAUUUUGUAGUUGCUCUAUUGAUAUGCACAGUUAGUAUAUGCCUUAUCCCAAAGAGAAAUUGCACCACUUUCAUUUGCUUUCAGUUAAAGAAAGACAAUGCAGAUAUCUCUCAGACUUGACCAGACCUGCCUCCUCUCAGAGUGGACUCACACAAGAAAACGCGUGGUGAAUGCACUGCAGUACACUUUGCUAUUUCGGUCCAUCCCCAAAUUGUGCCCAGCUGAUGAAUGUGAAAGGAAGGGUAAUUGAUGAACCUCUGUUGAGGAUUUCCUCACUUUGCUGUGCAAGAGUACACUGCUUUGCUUCAUGGCUUUUAUAAACAGAACUACGUGUUUGGUAAGUGUUUGUAGUUGAUAGUUCACUUAACUAAAGAAGCUGUUUUCGGUUUGAGUGCUCAGACCGUUUGGCGGCACAAGCUGGACUUUGUUGCCAAUUAUGAAAUUAUUUGUUUCAAAUUCUAAAUAGAUUUUAAGUUAAUCUGCAUUUUAUUUCCCUUGAAUGUGUUAUUUUAUUUUCGACAUACAAUAAAUAUUCAAGUGAACUUUUUAUUAAACAAUUAAGAUACUAUGCUAGAUGUUGUACAAAAUUUGUAUUCUACACAAAAGUACAAAUAUUGGCUUUUCUUGUGUAAUUUAGUUUAUCUCUCUUAUUCUGUAUAAAAUGAAGUAAACAACUCUUUCAUAGAAUUUGUUCUCCUGUGAAGUCCCAAACAGUAGAAACUGUCAACUUUAUUAAACACCUCAGUGUAUACUCAAUCUC